AUGAAGUCCCCGGUUUCGGACUUGGCCCCGAGCGACGGCGAGGAGGGCUCGGACCGCACACCGCUCCUGCAGCGCUCCCCGCAGGCGGAAACCGCUCCAGUGUGCUGCUCUGCUCGUUACAACCUAGCAUUUUUAUCCUUUUUUGGUUUCUUCGUUCUCUAUUCAUUACGGGUGAAUCUGAGUGUUGCACUAGUGGACAUGGUGGAUUCAAACACAACUGCCAAAGAUAACAGAACGUCCUACGAGUGUGCAGAGCAUUCUGCUCCCAUAAAAGUUCUUCACAACCAAACGGGUAAAAAGUACCAGUGGGAUGCAGAAACUCAAGGAUGGAUUCUUGGGUCUUUUUUCUAUGGCUACAUCAUCACACAAAUUCCUGGAGGAUAUGUUGCCAGCAAAAGUGGGGGGAAGCUGCUGCUAGGAUUCGGGAUCCUUGGCACUGCUGUCUUCACCCUUUUCACUCCCCUCGCUGCAGAUUUCGGAGUCGGAGCCCUCGUUGCCCUCAGGGCACUAGAAGGGCUAGGAGAGGGUGUCACAUUUCCAGCCAUGCAUGCGAUGUGGUCAUCGUGGGCUCCCCCUCUUGAAAGAAGCAAGCUUCUGAGUAUUUCAUAUGCAGGAGCACAGCUUGGGACAGUAGUUUCUCUCCCUCUUUCUGGAAUAAUUUGCUACUAUAUGGAUUGGACUUAUGUCUUCUAUUUCUUUGGCAUUGUUGGAAUCAUUUGGUUUAUUUUAUGGAUCUGCUUAGUUAGUGAUACACCAGAAACUCACAAGACAAUCUCCCCCUAUGAAAAGGAGUAUAUUCUUUCAUCAUUAAAAAAUCAGCUCUCUUCACAGAAGUCAGUGCCAUGGAUACCCAUGCUGAAAUCACUGCCACUUUGGUCUAUUGUAGUUGCACAUUUUUCUUACAACUGGACUUUUUAUACUUUAUUGACCUUAUUGCCUACUUACAUGAAGGAAGUCCUAAGGUUCAACAUUCAAGAGAAUGGGUUUUUAUCUGCAGUCCCUUAUUUAGGCUGUUGGUUAUGUAUGAUCCUAUCUGGUCAAGCUGCUGACAAUUUAAGGGCAAGGUGGAAUUUUUCAACUCUAUGGGUUCGAAGAGUUUUUAGCCUUAUAGGGAUGAUUGGACCUGCAGUAUUCCUGGUUGCCGCAGGAUUUAUAGGCUGCGAUUAUUCCUUGGCUGUUGCAUUCCUAACCAUAUCAACAACACUGGGAGGCUUUUGCUCUUCUGGAUUUAGCAUCAACCAUCUGGACAUUGCUCCUUCGUAUGCUGGUAUUCUCCUGGGCAUCACAAAUACCUUUGCCACUAUUCCUGGAAUGAUUGGGCCCAUCAUUGCUAGAAGUCUGACUCCUGAGAACACUAUUGGAGAAUGGAAAACUGUUUUCUGCAUUGCUGCUGCUAUCAAUGUAUUUGGUGCCAUCUUCUUCACACUAUUCGCCAAAGGUGAAGUGCAAAACUGGGCUGUCAGUGAUCACCGAGGACACAGGAACUGA